AUGCUCCUUUGGCGGGAGUACAAGCGUGCCGACGGGGGUUCGGGCAACGGCUCGGUGGAGAAACCACCAUGGUAUCCGUACAUGGAGCUGCACAACCAAGACACUGCCGCAGCCUCACCGCAUGCGGUGGACGGUGGAGGCGCGACCAACGUCAACGUGCCGGCCGGCAUGGAGGUUCCAACUUCGUCCCAGCCAGGCACGUCAACGCCAUGUUUUACGGCUCCGCCGCCGACGAACACUGCCACACCCAAGCGCGCCCGGGUGCAUGAGACGGCUACCAUGCAAGCGGCGAUGUUGGUGUCCGCCACAAUCAAGGACUGCCACGGUGAUGCGAUGAGAGUCGUUGAAGGCCUCGUCCGAGAAUGGAUGGCGCAAGACCUGCGACUUGCCCGCGAGCGCAUGACUGAAUCGGCUCCCCCGGAUGUGCACCGUGCGCCGCCAGAUUUCUCCCCUCCACCGCCACGCGGGGAGUCCGCGCCACCCCCCGAAGCCGCACAGCCGCGGGAAGAUAUGGGCGACGUCAACACCGUCACUCCGGCUGAUGAGGAUGUGGAGAUAUGGGAUCACACAACACGCGGCCCCAGCGAGAAUGCGCCACAACCUGCAGUCGUUGCGCUGGGCGAAGAUGCGCCAUCUCCCUUUGAAGGCGCCGAUGCACCUCUCCACCGCCAUGCGUGUGGCGCUCUGACAUUCGCCAAAUCGCCCACCCGUCUCCCUUUCCGUCGCGCGUCACGUCGCCAUCUCGUCGCCCGUCCCGUCGCCCUCUUCGUCGCCCUCUCUCCCCUCCUCUCCUCCCGUCGGCCUCUCUCUCGCCCCUCCCUACCGAUCGCCCUCCCGUCGCUCGCCCCGUCGCGCUCUCUCUCUCCGCUCCCUUCCCGUCGCCCUCUCUCUCGCCCCUCCCUUCCCGUCGCGCUCUCUCUCUCCGCGCCCUUCCCGUCGCCCUCUCUCUCGCCCCUCCCUUCCCAUCGCUCUCUCUCUCUCUCCGCUCCGCCCUCUCUCUCGCUCCUCCUUCGAAUCGCGCUCUCUCUCCGCUCCCUUCCCGUCGGCCUCUCUCUCCGCUCCCUUCCCGUCGCGCUCUCUCUCUCCGCUCCCUUCCCCUCGCCCUCUCUCUCGCCCCUCCCUUCCCGUCGCGCUCUCUCUCUCUGCUCCCUUCUCGUCGCCCUCUCUCUCGCCCCUCCCUUCCCGUCGCGCUCUCUCUCUCCGCUCCCGUCCCAUCGCCCUCUCUCUCGCCCCUCCCUUCCCGUCGUGAUCUCUCUCUCCGCUCCCUUCCCGUCGCCCUCUCUCUCGCCCCUCCUACCCGUCGCGCUCUCUCUCUCCGCGCCCUUCCCGUCGCCCUCUCUCUCGCCCCUCCCUUCCCAUCGCGUUCUCUCUCUCCGCUCCGCCCUCUCUCUCGCUCCUCCCUUCGAAUCGCGCUCUCUCUCCGCUCCCUUCCCGUUGCGCUCUCUCUCUCCGCUCCCUUCCCAUUGCCCUCUCUCUUUCUGCUCCCUUCCCAUCCUCCCUUCUCGCUCGCCUCGAAUAGCCCUCCCGGCGACCUUCGACUCUCCCAUCACGUAUGCCCUCCUUUCUCCGUCGCCUCUCUCGUUCUCCCUCUGCUAUCGCGUCAGCGUGACCCAUUCCGUACUCUGUUAUUGUGUUUGGUUUGUUUGUUUUUUCUGUCUUUCCAUCUAUUCUCGACACCCUCUCUCUCCGCCGCCUAUCCUCUCUCCCGUCGCCCUCCCGUUUCCCGUCGCCCUCCCGUUUCCCGCCCCCCUCCCGUUUCCCGUCGCCCUCCCUUUUCCCGUCGCCCUCCCGUUUCCCGUCGCCCUCGCGUUUCCCGUCGCCCUCCCGUUUCCCGUCGCCCUCCGUUUCCCGUUGCCCUCCCUUCUUCCGUCGCCCUCCCUUUUCCCGUCGCCCUCGCGUUUCCCGUCGCCCUCCCGUUUCCCGUCGCCCUCCCGUUUUCCGUCGCCCUCCCGUUUCCCGUCGCCCUCCCGUUUCCCGUCGCCCUCGCGUUUCCCGUCGCCCUCCCGUUUCCCGUCGCCCUCCCGUUUCCCGUCGCCCCCCUUCUUCCGUCGCCCUCCCGUUUCCUACGCCCUCCCUUCCAGUCGCCCUCCCGUUUCCCGUCGCCCUCCCUCUUUCUCUUCAUUCGCGUCACCUUGCCCAUCAUAA